GACGAGCACGCGCUCCUGAAACUCUCGCGGGGACGAGCAGCUACCAACUGGAUUUUAGCAUUCAAACAACAGCCCAACACUUGCAGUAUUUGUACAUACACGAACUUUUAAGCCUUUAAUUUAUUUUAAUCGCGUUCAUCGACUUUAAACAUGGGUUUAUGGACGAGAAGACGCGGACGCAAACUUGCAAGCGCGGAGAAUGUUUUGCUAGCGCUCACUUUGAUCGGCGAAGUGAUUAUGGCACAGGCUGCCUCUUUCUACUUCACCAAAGAGCCAAAACCCCAGGACGCUCUGCACGGGCGCAGUGCCAUGCUGCGGUGUGAAGUAAACGACCCUCAGGGUGUUUCUUAUGCCUGGACACAAAACGGAGAGCCGGUCACAAACUCAGAGCGCCGCUUUCUGGACGGAGGAAACCUGAAGUUCACUGCCAUCGACCGGACGCUGGAUUCUGGAAACUUCCAAUGCAUCGCCUCUAAAAACAGCACUGGAGAAGAAGAGCGAACGGCCGAGACCUCCUUCAACAUCAAGUGGUUGGAAAGUGGUGCGGUGAGUCUGAAGAGUCCUGAGUCAGUGGCAGAGAUUCAGAGCUCCUCACAAGUGAUACUGCGCUGCAACAUAGACGGAUACCCACGGCCGACCAAUCGCUGGUUUAAAGACGGGAGUCAAAUAACAGAAAAAAACUACAAAAUCAACAACAAAGAGCGAAGCGUUACGCUGCUGAACGCCAGUCCUGAUGAUAACGGCCUCUACCACUGCUGUGCCAAAAACGCAGCAGGACAAGUGUGCAGCAGCGACAACUUCACACUCAACAUUAUCGGUCUGUGUGUUUCUCUUGACAGCAAAUAAUGUGAUCAGAUUUAGGCCUGUCACAAUAACCAAUAUCAAAUCAAUAGGUUUACAGAUAAAUGAAAAAUAAAAAUAUUGACAGUAUUAUAUAUCGAUGUAAUGAGCCGGUUUAGGCAUUUUUAGUGCGUUUUGAACAAGCAAAAAUCAUAAAACUGAUGUAGUUUUCAUCUAAACGAUUCACUUUAAUUAAUCUAAUCGGUAUUGUAUUUAAAUUAAAUAAUUUUUUUUAUUUUAUGUUUAUUUUGAACAUAUAAUUGAGGACAGUCAUACAGCAAUUCAAGGUAUAUUGGUAUCUCAGUAUGUGAACUUAGGUGGCAUAAAAGUUAUGUACAUUAUUGUCAGGUGUAUUUACUACACAGUAGUACUCAAAUUUUGUAAAUUAUAAAAUGAAAAACAGCAGAAAGAGAGAAGAAAAAUACAAAAUAAUGAGAGAAAUAUAAAAUAAAAUAUAAUAAUCAAAAA